CGAGGCCACGCCCACCGGCGCCGCGAGGGCUGUCGGGACGGCCCCGGUCUUUCCGCGCUUGAGGCCGGCCAGCGGCGCUGGGGAAGCCAAGUCUUUGCUGUCGCCGUUAGCGUGCCCGUGGCGCGGGACUAGGGCCCGGAAGAUAGCCCACAAUGGCUGAAAAUGGUGAUAAUGAAAAAAUGGCUGCCCUGGAAGCCAAAAUUUGUCAUCAGAUUGAGUAUUAUUUCGGUGACUUCAAUUUGCCUCGGGACAAAUUUUUAAAGGAACAGAUCAAACUAGAUGAAGGCUGGGUGCCUUUGGAGAUCAUGAUAAAAUUCAACAGGUUAAAUCGUCUAACAACAGAUUUUAAUGUAAUAGUUGAAGCAUUGAGCAAAUCUAAGGCAGAACUCAUGGAAAUAAGUGAAGACAAAACUAAAAUCCGAAGAUCUCCAAACAAACCCCUCCCUGAAGUAACUGAUGAAUAUAAAAGUGAUGUAAAAAACAGAUCUGUUUACAUUAAAGGUUUCCCAACUGAUGCAACCCUUGAUGACAUAAAAGAAUGGCUAGAAAAUAAAGGUCAAGUACUAAAUAUUCAAAUGAGAAGAACACUGCAUAAAGCAUUUAAGGGAUCAAUAUUUGCUGUGUUUGAUUGCGUUGAAUCUGCCAAGAAGUUUGUUGAGAUGCCUGGCCAGAAAUACAAAGAUACAGACCUGCUAAUUCUUUUCAAGGAAGAUUACUUUGCAAAAAAAAAUGAAGAAAGAAAGCAAAAUAAAGUAGAAGCCAAAUUACGAGCUAAACAAGAGCAAGAAGAAAAACAAAAGUUAGCAGAAAAUGCUGAGAUGAAAUCUCUUGAAGAAAAGAUUGGAUGCUUGUUGAAAUUUUCUGGGGAUUUGGACGAUCAGACCUGUAGAGAAGAUUUGCAUAUUCUUUUCUCAAAUCAUGGUGAAAUAAAAUGGAUAGACUUUGUCAGAGGAGCAAAAGAGGGAAUAAUUCUAUUUAAGGAAAAAGCUAAAGAUGCACUGGAUAAAGCCAAAGAUGCAAAUAAUGGUAACCUACAAUUAAGGAACAAAGAAGUGACAUGGGAAGUUCUUGGAGGAGAUGUAGAAAAAGAAGCACUGAAAAAAAUCAUAGAGGAUCAGCAAGAAUCCCUAAAUAAAUGGAAAUCAAAAGGUCGAAGAUUUAAAGGAAAGGGAAAGGGAAAUAAAGCCCAAGCUGGGUCUGCUAAAGGAAAAGUACAAUUUCAGGGCAAGAAAACUAAAUUUGACAGUGAUGAUGAACGUGAUGAAAAUGGUGCAACUGGACCGGCAAAAAGAGCAAGAGAAGACACAGACAAAGAUGAACCCGCAUCAAAACAAAAGAAAACAGAAAAUGGCGCUGGGGACCAGUAGUUUCAAUAACCAAAAAUUUUAAAAAAUCACUUUUAUUAGUAAUUAUGUGGCU